AUGGUAGCUAAACUAUUUAUAUUUUCAGUAGUAAUUUUAUGUAUAUUAAACAAAAUUAAAAUUAGUUCCACGUUAGAUUGUUACCAAUGUGGUGUAAAUAGUGGUUAUAAUGAAUAUCCAUACAUAAUUACACUGGAUAAUAUUCCAGAAUUUAAAAAUUGUACGGUGGUUUCUACUGAUGAACCUUGUACUAUACAAUUUCGGUUUCAAGGUGCAUAUCAGAUUAAUGCAACCACAAUUGUAAUCAGCGAUGAAACCGAACAUUAUUAUAAUUCAAGUCUAAUCAGAACAACCGUGAGUUAUUCGGGAGGCAUGGGCCAAGAUUCCAUCGACCAUGAAUUAGAAUAUUUCUGUUAUGAAGAUAAAUGUAAUGAUCCAAAAAAAUUAAAAUUAUUAUUACAAUCGGCCACAGUAGAACCGUUUACAAAAGAUCAAAUAAAAUGGCUCAUAGUUCCAACUUCCCCACCUUCUAUACCAAUUCCAUGUAUGCAUCACAAUAACUGGACAUCAUUGGACUCGGAUUGUAUAGAUGAAGACGUGGAAGUAUGUCAGUCUUGUAAUACGGACAUUGUAGGAUCGAUAACAACACAAGUUUGUGCUGUAUGUUCUUAUGGUCCACUAUUUGCUAACUCUUAUUAUGACGUAUCACAGCAAUUUCUUUAUGGUAAUCGAGAUCGUGUACGUCAGUUACAUGUCCAAUGCACAGUUCCAAAUUGUAAUACGAUUGCUUCGAUCGAAGGCAUUAAAAAGUUAUAUAAAAAUGAAAUUGAUGUCAAGAUAUUUUUAAAUGAAACAACAUCAAGGGCAAUAAUAAAAUGUAAAUCAAUAUCUGUUAUUGCUAUUUUAUUUUGGACACUUUUAGUAAGAUUUAAAAUGGAAUAA